CUGUUCAUCUAAGGAGCUCAGCCAGUCAUGGCUGCACCAUGGGAGAAUUUGCUUUCAUUUGAGCAUCUUACCAGCAUGGAUCAAAAUACUUUUACCAAACAAAGAGAGCUCUUUAUAAAGAAAAGCAGAGGGAUGCAACUUCAGCAGCGUCUGCAGGAGCUGAAGGCGAGAGAGCGCAGAGCCCAGCAGCACAACAGGCAGCUUCUCCUGCAGUUUGAGAGAGCCCAGGACACACUGAAAGAGAUGUUGGCCCGCAACGCUGCCAUGAAAACUAUACGGGUGGAGUACGAGCUGUACCUGGAGGAAAACCUCCACCGCUGGCAGCAGCAGCUUCAGGAGAAAACUGAGGCCUCUCACAAGAAGAGAAUGGAAGAUUGUUUGAAAUCUUAUCUACAACACAGUAAAGAUCAAGUCUCAACAGCAACAGUUGAUCAGCCUCUGAUUUCACAAGAUCCUUUCAUAAAGGCUCCAAAAGUUGAUGCUCCUCAAACGUUUCUCACCGAAGGAAGCUCUGCUUAUAGCCAACAUCGUUUCUCCUGUUAUCCCCAUCAGGAGCCCACCUGGCUAACCCAAGCAGGCAUGCCUCCAGGUUUCCUUCAAACACCUUUUCAACCCCAGUGUCCCUCACCUUUCCCUCCACCCAACUUCCCAUAUCCUCAUCCACUUCUGCUCCAACACCUCACCCCCCCAUUCGAUCAUCAUCGACCGUGGGUCAGGUCUGAAGCUGUAGGCCGUGCUCCUGAACGCUACAGUCACCCCUGCUCUGAUGGGAUCGCUGUGGGAUCUGCAGGUCAGCUCCACACUGAGGAACCGCCAGCUUCUCACAUUGUAGAGCGAGAAAAUGAGACGAGCGCAGCAAAUUCAAAGAGGGUGAGAGGUGGAGGAGGCGGAAGGUGUUUGUCCUCUGAGCUCGACAUUAAACCAGUGCGUCUCUCUAGCGGACAUGUGAAAAGCAGUGAGAGCGGCAGAGAUUCCAGUUUGACCUGCAGAGACGAGAAGAAAAGAGAGAAGAAAGGAAGAACAGAGGCUUCAUCCUCAGAGUCAGAAAGACCCAGUUCUCAGAGGUCAUCCAGGACUUCCAGUGAGGUCGUCGCUGCCUCCUGCGCCGUCGCCCUGGACUCAGAAACAAGCUGCUCCUCUGGGGAAGGAGGCACAGCAAGCAAAGGGAGGUCAGAGCGAGGCAGGGGGGUCAACACUGGGUCACCACCAUCCGAGAAGGAGGCAGAGGAGCUUAGCACAAGGAGUCCAGCUCAAGACAAUAAAUCAGGAAGCUGUAAAGGAGAUGAUAUAGCAAAAAGUGAAAAUAGAGAUGAUGAGGAAGUUUACAGCUCCGAGCAAAGUAUCGCAGAAGAAAAGGAUGAAGAAGAAGGAAAGAAAUACCAAAGAUCUGUAGAUGAAGAGAAAGAGAAGGAGGUGAAAAGUGAAGUGGGUGGUGAUGUUGAGGAAGAUGAUGAGAGCAACAAUGAGGUUCUUCCAAAUAGGAAUCAAAAGGAGAAUGAGGAAGAUGAGGAAGAAUACGAAGAUCAGUCAGAAAAACUGGAGAAUGAAAGCAGAGAUGACGGGGAGAAGGAUUCUGACUCCUCACAGGAUGACGAGGAGAGAGAAGGUAGUGAGAAUAUAGAAGAGGAGGAGUCAAACGAAGAGGAAGACCAACUCAGGAGUGAGGAAGCAGGAGACUCUGAGGACAGCAUCAUUUGUCUGCAGGAAAACAGGUCUAAACAGAUGAAGAACAUUCCAGAGGAAGCAGAUGAAGAUGAGGAAGAGGAGAGCGACACUGGGUCCUCAAACAAUAAGUCAAAGGAACCGAGUGAUGAAGAAGAUAUUGAGAAUCUUCUGGCUCCUCAAGAGCCAAUAAACAAAAAACAAAAAGCUGUGAAAACCGAGGAGAAGCCCAAAGCCACAUGUCUCAACUUGGGCAUUUUCCAAGUGACGGAGGACGGAGCGAAGACGGACCAUAAAAGUGACUCGGACGAGUCUGAUCACUUUUAUGACUGAAUGUGAACAUGUUGGACACCAUGAAAUUCCUCCAAAUAGCAACUAUGCAGUAGAGAAAGAGAGGAAAGCACCAGAUCUCUGAUUACCUCACCAGGUUGGACAACACUGACGGCGUCACUACGGCGCGGCAUGCAGGUGGGAAGCCCAGGUUGAUUCAUCAGCAGCUUUCACCAUUUAGGUCGUGGAGUCUCUGCCUCUCCUUGUUUUAAAAACGCAACGGCAGUCUGGCCCGUUUGGUGGCUCUUGAAACUCUGCAUUCAGCCCCCGUCCGCAGUUUGUGAAUCCCUGGCGAUUCCUUUUGCAUGUCCACCUUUUUCCUUCCACCCAACUUUCCAUUGUUUUUUUUUCCUUCUUCAACUGAACAAGUUAAAUACUUUUAAACUUAAAUAUACUACUUUGAGAUGCACUUGCAUCUUUCAAAUUUUCUUCUUUGUAUGCUUUAUUUUAUUAUUAAUAAAAUAAUUUUUAU